AUGUCGGUGCUAGAUGAUCCUGGCUACAUCGCAACCUGGGAGUCUGUGACUGGGAAGAUCCCUGCCAAUGCCCCUGCCGCCAUGGAGCACGACAAAAGGGUGAUUGGACCUAUUCAGGGCUUCAACAACUACGUCGCUUUGUACUACCGAAAACGCCGUUAUGUCGUCACUUUAGUAUUUGUGUCGAAUAUCCAUGGCGGCCUUGCAGAUGGGUUUGUGGACACGCCUGAAAUCGCCUCAGCGAUUGCAACGAGCGCCAGAGACGCCAUGGCCGCGGCAACCAGGUCGUGGGCAUCAACCUCCUGGGGCUUCUACUCGACUAUUCGAAACGGCAACGGCUUCACCGUAGUGGCAAAGAACAUCUUACCCAGAGGAAGUUUUGAAGACGCCCAACGAGCAGCCGCGCUCUCGCUGAUCGUUAUGAACAACAAGCGGGACGAGAGCGAUUCUAGCCUUCGUGACUUUCACAUCUUGGCCGAAUUCACGCCUUCUGUGACUCUUGCCGACUAUCUCUUCAAUACAUUCCACAAUGUCAACCACACGGCUAUGGCAGGCAGCGCUGGUGAGGCGGGCCACCUGAGCAAGAGAGACAAGUACUGCUUUCACUACAACGAAAAGGAACGCGCUGUAAAGAACAUGGCUCCAUGGAACACUGAAAAUGAUAUUGGCUGA